UUUGGUGCAGUGCGGCGAGCUGCACAAAACUGCGGGCUGAAAGAAGUGGGAGAAAAUGAGGAGUGGACAAUAUAUUGGACGGACUACUCGGUCUCUCUGGAGCGUGUCAUGGAGAUGAAGCGGUUUCAGAAAAUCAACCAUUUUCCAGGCAUGACGGAGAUCUGCCGCAAGGACUUGCUGGCUCGCAAUCUUAACCGCAUGCUCAAACUCUUCCCCAAGGAAUACAAUAUUUUUCCUCGUACUUGGUGCCUGCCAGCCGACUACGGGGAUUUCCAGACCUAUACUCGUGUGAGGAAAAACAGAACAUUCAUCUGCAAGCCCGACAGCGGCUGCCAGGGCAGAGGAAUCUUCAUCACACGUAAUGCGAAGGAUAUCAAGCACGGAGAGCAUAUGAUUUGUCAGCAAUAUAUCUCUAAGCCCUUCCUUAUCGAUGGCUUUAAGUUCGACAUGCGUGUCUAUGUGCUGGUCACCUCCUGUGACCCGCUGAAGGUAUUUGUCUACAAGGAGGGGCUAGCCCGGUUUGCUACCAUGAGGUACAUCGAGCCCAGCAGCAACAACCUGGACGAUAUCUGCAUGCAUUUGACCAAUUACUCUAUCAAUAAACAUAACGAAAACUUCGUCCGGGAUGACACAGUGGGCAGUAAGAGGAAACUGUCCACCCUGAACGCCUGGAUGAUGGAUAACAGCUACAACACAAAGAAACUCUGGGAAGAUAUUGAAGAUAUUGUUAUAAAGACCCUUAUUUCAGCUCACCCCGUUGUGAAGCACAAUUACCAAAGCUGCUUUCCUAACCACACUACUGGCUGUGCCUGCUUUGAGAUACUGGGUUUUGAUAUUUUGCUAGAUAGAAAGUUGAAACCGUGGCUGCUAGAGGUGAAUCACUCUCCCAGCUUCACCACGGACUCCCACCUGGACCGUGAAGUGAAGGAUGCUCUUCUCUUUGAUACCAUCAACCUGAUAAACGUGCAUGCCUGUGACAAAAGGAAGGUGCUGGAGGAGGACAAGCAGCGGGUGAAGGAGCGCCUCCUCCAGGCCCACCACGCUGCCCGAGCAUCCAGGCGCGAGGAGCUGGAGAGCAGCCAGGCCGCGUGGCUGGCGCGGGCCGAGGAGUACGAGGACUCCCACCUGGGAGGCUUCCGGCGCAUCUACCCGGCACAUGGAACGGACAAGUACGAGCCCUUCUUCAAGCAGAGCGGCUCCCUCUUCCAGGAAACAGCAGCCUCUAAAGCACGAGAGCAGUGUGCCAGGCAGCAGCUGGAGGAAAUCCGCUUGAAGAAGGAAGAGUGGGAAGUUCUUACUGGGAAGAAGAAAAAGGAGAGAAAAGAAACCCUGCAAGGAGAGUCAGCUGGGGACAAAUCCCAGACCCGCAACAAAACCGGAGCUCCUGCAACCCAGCCCAUCUACAGAAGCACCAGGAUGUGGGACAGAAAGAUGCAGCAACAAAUGCAGUAUGACUCUAUGCUGCCCCAGGAUAUUGUGGAAAAGGAGGAGCAGAAAAGAGUAAAGGCUCUUAUGCAGCGUGAAAAGCUCAUCCGCAGUCUCGGCAUCGUAGAUCAGCUCUCGUGGCUGAUCCCCCCGCUUGGCAGAGCAGCAAACAGCUCCUGCACCGUUGUCGCCCAGAGCCAGGUAACAGAUCCCGUAGGGAGACCCCGGGAGCCCGAGGCGGCCGCGCGAGGGAGGAGACCUGGGCGCUGA